CUGCUGACUACUGACCAAACAAAAAAAAAAAAAAAAAUUCAUAGUAGAAUUGGAGAUCUCAGCGAAAAUCUCUCGUUUGGUCUGGAUCGUCCCCGGUGCUUCUGGGAGGAGCUAGAUUCCUCUCCAGAUCGACACAAAUCCACGAAUAGAUCCAAAGAUAUUCUCCACUCCUCCAUUUUCAAAUUUAUAGUUUAUCCACGUUUCCAUCAUUGCAUUGCUCGUCGUCUCUACCAACUCAGUUCAAGCUCAUUGAUCGCGCGCUUAUCUUAAUUAUUAUACAUCGAUCACCGCAUUUUUCGUAGUUAGUUAGGGGAUAACGCCUGUUACCUCAUGGUAAUGGACGCCGGAUCCCCUGAAUCCGACAGUGUUACCGGAAUAGCUUUAAGUUUUCCGGUGAACGAUUCUGAUACGGGGUCGCUGCAGUCCACUCCUAGGCUCCCUCGCCGCCUUCGCCGUCGCCUUCUCGAGGCUAAAAGCCCCUCCACCACCGCCCAAGAUAUUGAAGCCAAGCUCAGAGACGCUGAAUUACGCCGCCAGCAAUUUUAUGAGAUUUUGUCAUCCAAGGCACGCACAAAAUUAAGAUCUCUGACAUGGUCAUCUUCUUUACAAGAUGAGGAGUUGGGGCAACGACUUGAAGCAAAACUUUCUGCCGCUGAGCAGAAAAGGUUAAGCAUCCUUGAAAAAGUUCAGAAACGCUUAGCUAAAUUGGAUGAACUUCGACAAGCAGCCAAAAUUGCAGUAGAAAUGCGUUUUGUGAAACAGCGCGAUGAGCUGGGUAGUAAAGUUGAGUCACGUGUGCACCAAGCAGAGGUAAAUCGGAUGCUUCUUCUUAAAGCUCUUUGGCAGCGAAGGGCUGUAAAGAAAGAAAGGACUGCUCAGUUGUUAAGGAAAAGAAUAAUUAAAGAGAGAAAGUAUAAAGAAAGUAUCCAGGCUGCUAUUUAUAGGAAGCGUGCUGCAGCUGAGAAGAAACGAUUGGGGUUUUUGGAAGCAGACAGAUCUAGGGCACGUGCAAGGGUAUUACAAGUUCGGCAAGUGGCACACCAUGUUUACAGUCGUCGGGAAAUUGAGAGGACCAAGCUGAAAGACCAACUAGCAGUUCGGCUUCGUAAGGCUCAAUUGCUGAGAGCAGAGUAUUUGAAGCACAGGAGAAAUAUGCAUAGUCCAGAUCAAGUCUGUUCAAGAAUAACUGAUCACAGAAAACUUCUGUUCAAUAAACUAGCAAGGUGUUGGAUGCAAUUUGUCAGACAAAGAGGAACAACAUUUGCAUUAGCUAAGGCAUAUGCAGACUUAAAAAUCAAUGGACAGUUGGUCAAAAGGAUGACAUUUGAGCAGAUUGCCUCAGAGAUUGAGUCUGUUUCAAUCAUUCAAACGACAAAAGCUUUGCUUGAUAGACUUGAGAAUCGCAUCAUUAUCAGCCAGGAGGUUCAUGGUGCCAGUCGAGUGUUUAGUUUAGGAAACAUUGAUCAUCUGCUCAAAUGUGUUACCUUUCCAAGUAAAGGGGUCAAUGUAGAUAAAACAACACAGAAAUGCAGCAGGUCUGGAAAAGAGAAGAUUGACACAGUCAAGCUACCAAGGUAUCCAGUGAGGGUAGUUCUCUGUGCUUACAUGAUUUUUGGUCAUCCAGAUAUGGUUUUCAUUGGAAAUGGACAGGAUGAGAAUGCUCUUGCUGAGUCUGCAGGAAUCUUUGUGAAAGAGUUUGAUUUAUUGAUUAAAGUUAUUUUGGAAUGGUCCAUUCAGUCCCAAUUCGGGGAGACUGUCCAUCCUUCUUCAGACUGUCUAACUUUUAGAUCUCAGCUGGAAGCUUUUGAUAAAGCAUGGUGUUCUUUUCUAUAUAGCUUUGUGAUGUGGAAGGUCAAGGAUGCCAAGAUUUUAGAAAAAAAAUUGGUGAGAGCUACUUGUGAGCUGGAGCAUUCAAUGUUACAAGCUUGCAAGCAGUCUGGUGAUCAUAUGCCUGAAAUGAAGGCUUUGCAAAAACAGGUUGCUGAAAACCAAAAAGUUCUGCGGGGAAAAUUGCAGCAACUUGCUGGUGAGGGUGGAAUCAAGCGUUUAGAACACGCACUUCAUGAGACACGGUCAAGAUUUGCUGACAAAACUGAAUCUAGUAGUUUAUUAUCCUCUUCAUAUCCUCAUACUCCUAGUUCAGGUGGUUUGAUAGACAGCUCUGCAUCCAGUGAUGCCAAGAAGUGUGAUGUUGUAGAAGAUUUUCCGAGCGUCCAGCAUGAUGGUGCCUCUUUAUUGAAGCUCCAUAGUUCCUCAAGCAAUCAAAAUGGUUCCUUGACUCCUAAGAGAACUCAAAAUUUUUCCAAGACUGCAACAAUGCCGACAGAGAAUGAAAUACUUGUGAAUGAAAUUUUCCAUGAACCUCCUGGCUUCGACAUUAUUAAGCAUGGCUUCGACAUUAUUAGUCACUACCAGACACACAUUAAGACAAAAGUGAGGCGCACAAUGGACAAGGCUUUCUGGGAUGGAGUCAUUGACUCAAUGAAACAGAAUGAGCCUGAUUAUAGCUGGGUUCUUAAGCUCAUCAAAGAAGUUCAAGAUGAACUGUGCAAGAUGUCUCCUAGUUGGAGACAAGAUAUUGUUGAAAGAAUUGAUAUUGAUAUUCUCUCACAGAUGCUAAAUGCUGGAAUAUUAGACAUUGAUUAUCUAGGAAGGAUCUUGGAAUAUUCGUUAUUGACGCUGCAGAAACUCUGUGCUCCUGAUGAUAAGGAUGAACUGAAAUGUGCUCAUCAGAAAUUAUUACAGGAACUAGCUGAUAUUCCACAAGCUGCAGAUAAAUCUAACACUAAAUUUGCUCUUGUCGUAGUCCAGGGCCUGCGCUUUGUUUUACAACAAAUUCAGAGACUCAAGCGAAGUAGAACUAAAACACGCAUCAGAGGGUUGGAACCUUAUAUCAAGGGGCCUGCUGGUGUUGAAUACCUCAGAAAUGCUUUUUCCAACCGUUAUGGACCUCCUUCUAAGGCAUCUGCCUCUCUGCCUCUGGUAAAGGAGUUGCUUUCUGCUUUGAUUUCAGAGUUCGAGAAUGAUUGGAAUGAUCAUUUGAAUUCUCUAUCGGCAUUGGGGUUAAGCAAUGAGAGGUACUCUCGGGAUGAGGCUCCCUCCACCCUUCGUGCUGGAGGUGAUAUUUUUAGGGAACCAAAAAAUAAAGUUAUAACCUCAACUACUGCAGGAGUUGAACAGCCGGAAUGCAAGGGAGAUAAAGUUGAUCUCUUGGUGAGGCUUGGGUUAUUGAAGCUUGUAACUGAGAUUGAGGGUUUAACAGCAGAAAAACUGCCUGAGACUUUGAAGUUAAGUUUCUACAGAUUGCAAGCUGCUCAAUCUGAGCUCCAUAAAAUCAUUGUCAUCUGUAUCAGUAUAUUGGUCCUGCGGCAAACCCUUCUUACUGAGCACCUCGUAUCCAGUGCUGAGGACAUGGAAACUCUGAUAGGCAAAUGUGUUACGCAGCUGUAUGAGCUGGUGGAUAAUACUGAGGAUGCAGGCAUAUCAGAACUCGUAGAAUCAAUGAGCUCUUGUCUGGAAUCUGAUGAGACAGAGAAGUCCCAAGCAAGGAAGGAGGUAGUGACAAAUAUGCUGAGGAAGAGCUUGCGAGCUGAAGACACAGUCUUCCAACGGAUUUCACAUGCUAUCCGCUUGGCAACCAGAGGAGUUUUACUAGGCGGAAGUGGUUCCAAGGGUAAGAAACUAGCAGAAAAUGCCCUUAAACGAGUUGGCGCCUCUGUUCUUACAGAAAAGUUGGUGGAAACCGGGGAGAAAUUGUUAGUCGUUGCAGUUGCUUCUGCCAGUAUUCAUAGAGCAUGGUAUGCAGAAGUCCUUAGAAACCUUUGAUUCUGGUGAUCAGUAACUAAUAAAGAAGUGAACCAAUGCAUUUCUAUCUUUGAUUUGUAGAUUGUUUAAAUUCAUAGAUUGUUUAGUAUCCAGUGUGAGGAUUCUAAUAGUUAAGAUCUUUCAUGAUUAAAUGUAUUGUAUGCUAAUCUGAGUCUGAGUUUAUUAUACUGUUUCAUAUAUGGUUGAAUAUAGGUAGGGAAAUGAAUGAAUAUAGGUACUUGUUCAAUUGUUCAUCAAUGAACUGGAACAUGAACAUGCCUAAAUUACACUCAUUUCCUUUCCAUUUUAUAUUUGUUUUUGGUUCAA